ACCUAAUAAUUAUCAAACGAUUAACUUUUUUUAAGAAAACGAUCAAAUUCUUUUUUUUUUUUUAGUAAUCUUAUCUUAAUAUUUUACGUGCAUUUAAAUGAAAUUACAUUUAAAUAUUGAUAAUUUUUGUUUUAUUGAUAACUUUAAUAGGCAUAGUAAUUUUGAGUUUGCUACAAAAUGGAUAAAGUUUUGGUUAUUGCAGUAUUUUCAUUUUUUACUAUAUGCCUUGCUGACAGUGACAGAACUUUUCCCGAAACAUUUUCAUUUGGAGCGGCAACAGCUGCGUUUCAAAUAGAAGGAGCGUGGAACGAAAAUGGAAAAGGGGAAAACAUCUGGGAUCAUUUCGUUCAUACAAAUCAAUCAAGAGUUAUAGAUGGUAGUAACGCAGAUAUUGCCUGUAAUUCGUAUCAUAAAUAUGCAGAAGAUGUGGCUUUGGCUGCUAAAAUGGGUUUGACACAUUACAGAUUUUCCAUUUCUUGGUCUAGAUUAUUGCCAAAUGGUUUCAUAUCUCCAGCAAAUAUCAUAGCUAUAAGUUACUACCAAGAUUUAAUACGUGAGCUGGAAAAGUAUAAAAUAGAACCUGUAGUGACGAUUUACCACUGGGAUUUACCUCAAAUGUUACAAGAACUAGGUGGAUGGGAAAAUGCAAAAAUUGUCGAUUACUUCGUUGAUUAUGCAGAUUUGGUGUUUGCAAGUUUUCCAUCUGUUAAACAUUGGGUUACAUUUAACGAACCGAAACAGGUGUGUCGUAGCGGAUACGGUAAAGGUAACAUGGCUCCAGGUAUAGCACGAAGUGGAAUAGCUGACUACAUGUGCACCUAUCACGUCAUUAAAGCACAUGCCGCUGCUUAUCACAAAUAUCAAGAAAGCUAUAAAUCUCUUGGAGGAAAAAUUACUAUGGCUCUAGAUGGCAUUUGGAGUAUACCGUAUUGGGAUAAUGAAGAAGAUCAACAAGCCUCAGAGCGGAAAUUAAAUUUUGAGUUUGGAUUAUACGCUCAUCCAAUUUUCUUUGGUGACUGGCCUCAAGUGGUAAAGGACAGAGUCAAUUAUCGUAGCAAAAUGGAAAACUAUCCUGAAUCUCGUUUACCGCAGUUUACAGUCGAAGAAAUGGAGUACAUUAAUAGAACUGCUGAUUAUGUUGCUUUCAAUUUUUACAAUACAAAGUUAAUUAAAGACAUAGAUGAAGCUUCUUUUGAUACUACGUCUUUUGAUAAUGACUUAAGAGUAAAAGAGGAUGUCGAUCCUCGUUGGACUAUUGCUUAUGAUGGUAAUACAAUAUAUCCCCAAGGGUUAAGAUACUACCUGAAAUGGAUUGCGGAAAAUUACAACAGUCCCGAAAUUAUAAUUACUGAAAAUGGAAUCGCUGAUAAUGAUACUAGCGUAGAAGAUAAUGAAAGAAUAUCAUAUUUAUCAGGCUAUCUGAACGCUGUUUUGGAUUCUAUUUAUGAAGAUAAAGUUAAUGUUACUGGUUAUACAAUGUGGAGUUUACUGGAUAAUUUUGAAUGGACUUCGGGAUACAGCAUGCGUUUUGGAUUUUACUCUGUAGAUUUCAAAGACGACAGCCGUCCAAGAACAGCGAAAAAAUCUGUAGAUUAUUAUAGUCAAAUAAUUAAAAAUAGAAAAAUUCCCGAAUAGUUAAAAAUUAAAGCUGAAUAAUAACUUUUAAGAGAUAAGUAUGGAACACAAAUUAUAGCGAACUCUAACAAAAACUUUCAAUCUGAAAACAACAGUAAAUUAUAUAGGUACAUUAUAUAUAUAUAUAUAUAUAUAUAUAUAUAUAUAUAUAUAUAUAUAUAUAUAUAUAAUAUAUAUAUAUAUAUA